AUUACGAUAAUGGUUUUGAUUAUAACCCCAUCCUGGCCGGCCGGAGUGAUCCGGACUCACUGAAUAAGAGAGGAGGGAGCCGCGCUCGCGGACGCGACAAGUUACGUCAGUUGCCGGCUGCCGUGUCAGCUUGAAGCACGCUCACAUAGCAACUGACUAAAACACGGUAAUCAACAUGGCUGAUAGUACUGAACCGAAAUCGGACAAUAUAACAAUCCGCCUAGCACGUCCUGAGGACAUGAAAAUCGUCCAUGAAAUGAUUCAAGAAUUGGCAACAUACGAAGGAUUCCCAGAUAGUCCCAAACUAACAGCGGAGGAUCUGGUGGAAGAUGGUUUCAACUGCGAACAUCCAUGGUUCUUCGUUCUGAUGGCCGAAAAGGGCAACGAAGUACUGGGGUCCGCGCUGUGCAACCGCGCAUAUUCAAGUUGGUCUCGUCGUGCCUUUUACAUUGAGGAUCUCUUUGUGCGACUCGCGGCGCGUCGCCAGGGCAUAGGUCUUAAGCUCAUGCAGGAGCUCAGCCGGCGGGCGGUGAGUGAAGGCGUGAACCGUAUAGACUGGCACGUGUUGAAGAGCAACUCUACUGCGUUGGCAUUCUACAACCGACUGGGUGCGCGUGACCUGCGUGUCACCGAGGGUCGCACCGCGCUGCGUCUGGAUCGCGAUAGAAUUGAGGCUCUUGCGUCAGGGGACUAAAUAAAACAUAUAUUAAUGCUAUGAUCUUAAUUUCACGGAGAGAGUCAUAUAGGCUGAGUUCCUUUGAGGUGUAUAAGUAUGUAUACUUAGCAAUAGGUGCAGAAGAGCUUAUUAUUAAGAGUAGUAACACCUUUGUAAAUAUUUAUUAGUUUCUUUUUACGAGCAUGGCUUAAUUUAAACGUUGAUAUAAAUAUAUAUAUUUAUUAAACUCUAUAUUGGUACUUAUCUGAAGAAAGACAUUUUCUAUCUAUUUACCCCACAAAAUGCUGUGCAUUUAUACAUGUUUGGGCCAUACGGAUUUGCAUUUGUAUAUUCCUACAUAAUAAAUGCAUUUAUUGAUUC